AUGACCAAGAAGAGGAGGAACAACGAGCGCGCCAAGAAGGUCCGCGGGCACGUGCAGCCCAGCCGCUGCGUGCCCAAGGAUAAGGCCAUCAAGAAGUUCGUCAUCCGCAACAUCGUGGAAGCUGCGGCCGUCAGGGACAUUUCCGAGGCCAGUGUUUUGGACUCUCAUGUGCUCCCCAAACUGUAUGUGAGACUGCAUUACUGUGUGAACUGCGCGAUCCACAGCAAGGUAGUGAGGAAUUGGUCUUGUGAGGCACGAAAGGAUCGGACACCCCCACCCCGCUUCAGACCUGCUGGUGUUGCCCCCAGACCCCCUCCAAAGCCAAUGUAA